GCCUUGUGAAAAUGAGAACUAUUUCUUGCGAUCCGGAUAGUUUCUAUAUUGUCGAUAAGAAAUUGAAUCUACGAGAGCGAACAUGAAACUGACUGUGGCUUACUUCAUUGCAACGUUAGUUGUGGUUCAAGGACAAUUCCCUCUUCGAAGACGGGUUUCCUUCCGUGAUACAGAAUCAAUAGUUUUCACAGCAUUUAACAGAGAUGAAGCAAAGGGAUCACUUCACUAUGCACCAGCCGAUCCUGAUUCCCAAAUUGUUUCUGAUGACUUUUUGAACUCCACAAGACUCGUUUACACCGCAGACGACGAUCCUACCGAAUAUUGGGGACUUGCUACAAGCUAUGAAACUGGACAGAUUUUCUUUAACAAUUAUGUGUCUUCUCAACUAGUUGUUUUAGACGUGAGUACAAACAAAUUGGGGAUUGUUGCUAAUGAUAUGACAUCGCGUCUUGACAACAUAGCCUUUGACAGAGUUACAAAAAUAUUGUAUUGGACGGAUACUGAGAACAAUAAAAUCAUCGCCAUUGAAAAAAAUUAUAGAUAUUUCACUGUCAUCGCGGACUUGGAUGACCUCUCUCCUAAUGCUCUUACUAUUCAUGUCACUAAAAGAAAAAUAUUUUUCUCUGUCACAAAGAGAAGCGGUCAAUAUAUCUCUGGUACCGAACUACGGAAGUGCAACCUCGAUGGGUCAGGAAUGGAAACUCUUAUACUAUUCCCAGAUGUUAUUUCUCCUAGAUCAAUGACAAUUGACUACUCAAAUGAUAAGCUUUUCUGGACGGAUCGAUCAAUAUUUGGAGAUUCAGUUGUCAUGGCUAGUGACCUGAACGGAAAACUAACAAAACAGUUCUUUUCGACUUCUACUGGAAGUUUUUGGGGCAUCGCUUAUUAUAAUUCAUACUUCUACGUCACUGACAUGGUCAAUAGAACUGAAUCCGAAUAUGACAUUCACAUUAGAAAUUCGGAUGGAAGAACUGGAAAAGUAGUCAAAACUAAAACAAGGCCAAGAAACAUAGCAGUAUAUGCUCCAAACGAAGUUUCAAAAACCAAAAUUCCAAAUGAAUGUGAAUCGAACAAAUGCAAUCAAUUAUGUCUUGCAUCAGCAGCAGGUAGAAGUGCAUGCAAAUGUGCUGCGGGAUUUACCUUAAAACGUGGAACAACAUGCGAAGCAGAUGCUCUUGACGAUAACUAUCUGCUUAUUGCUGACCUUGCUCAUCGUCGAUUAUUUCAACUUGGUUUGACAGAAUUUGGAUCCAACGAUAUUGUUGCUGUUGACAUAAAAGAUGCACCGAAUGAGAAACUAUAUGCCGGGGUUGAUGCAAGCAAUGGCGAAAUUGCGUGGUAUAAUCUCGAAACGGAUGAAAUUGUAUGGAACGACAAAAAAUUUUCGUUUUCUGGGGCUGUAAUCAGCUUCGUUGUUUAUCAUUGCGAGAGGAAACUAUACUGGUCGACAGGGACUGGAAUUUAUAGUUGGGACGGAAGAAGGUUCUCAUCUAGUACACGAAUAUACAGCUUGCCUUUUUUUACAAGUUCCGAAGUUCGACAAAUAGAAAUAGAUAUUAUUCGUGGACAUAUAUAUUGGGUUGAACAUGAUCAAUUAACAAAAAGAAGUAAAGUGAUGAGAAGCAAUCUCAAAGGAGAAAAACAGGAAACUGUUUUAAGAGAUAUUGCAACCUCUAAAGGAAUUACGAUCGAUUAUGAAUCUUACACUUUGUACGUUUUGUCGAUGGUUGCAGGAGAAUUGUAUUCACUUCCACUAAAACUUAUGGAGAACAUACCAUCGCAAUCUGCUGGUCACUAUCAAUACAAAAUUAUCAGACUCAUUCCUAUUUUGAAGGAAAACACCUUUGUGCUUUCCGACCUCGUUGUGGUCAACGGAUGGGUAUACAUUUCUGACUCCCGUUCAGCAAGCAUACGCCGUUUUAACCUACGCUCGGGACCCUCAUCUAUGGAAACAUAUGGCCCAAAGGCAUUUUAUUAUGUGCCGACUUUAAAAUUUUACAAUAGACAACAUUAUAUGAAGAACAUAAGAGAUAAAUGUCCCGGCGCAAGAACCGCUACCACGACAACAACAACCACGACUACUACCACCACUACUGCGUUUACAAGAAGAUUUAGAGCACCAACUACACCAGAAACUGUAAUUUUCACUAGACGGCCAUCUAGAAGAAAUCCGCCGAGACAACAAUCAAUUAAGACGAAUCCCAUCGUUACUACCAGUGCCCCCCGAAAAUCAGUAGUCGAAACCGGAGCUAAUUGUGACCCUCUCUUGAAUUCAGGCAAAUAUAUGGAUUAUCUCACAUGUAUGCUUGCUGCUUAUAAGCCGUAGCUUAUAUAUAUAUAAUAUGACUACACCAGGCUGUUUCAUUCUGACUAACUUCUAUGUGUAUAACGAAUUUUCUUCUUGUCUGCCGUUAUUUGUCAACCAGUGUAA